CCCAAUGCGUCUGCUAUUCCUCUCAUUGGCGCUGCUAGCGUGUGCAGGGUUAGUGCGAGGAUAUGAAGACCAAAUGCUGGAAGAUGACGACUUUGCAGAGUUCGAGCAGUUUGAUGCUGAUGAUGAGCAGCCAGCUGCUGGAUUUAAGAAUGAUUUUUUGGACACAGAAAAGGAUGUCCCACCACAAAAGCCUAAGACUAAAGAAUUUGAAUCACCCAGGGAACAAGAGGAUGAAAUCAUUGUAGAGGAUGAGGAUAAUGAGUUUGAGCAUUUCCAUGAUCCGGAAGAGUUUGAAGGCUAUGAAGACAGCGUACCUCGCACGCCAGAGCAGCCAAAGAUCACUAUUUCUAAAGUUCCUAUAAUGAUCCGUCCACGUUGGGACGCCUACUGGCUAGAAGGCAUCUUGUGUUGUGCACUGGCAGCAUACGCGCUGGCAUACGCAGUGGGCCGUGCCAAGAACACCUCCAUUGCACAGAACUUCCUGAAGUUGCACAAGCCAUUGCUCGAUGACAACUUCACGUUAGUAGGUGAGACGGGGGUGGACGUGGUGUGCGCGCCCGGAGACCAGCGCGGCUGGCGGCGCGAGGCCGAGCACUGCUUUACCAUGUGGUGUUCGGGCCGCGUCUGCUGUGAAGGCAUGCUCCUUACACUCAAACUAAUCAAGAGACAAGACUUAGUCCAUGUGGUGCUGGGCGCGGUACGGCCGCAAACGGACACGCUGCUAGUGCGUGUGGAACUCGGCAAAGACGACAGCGAUCCCUUCGUGCUAUGUAUCGCGCAGAAGAAAAUCGCCACUAAACUCUCCAAGGAGAUGCAGGAUCUGAGUGUGUUUUGCCCAGAGCGGCGGCCGGGCGACAAGCAUGGACUUCCCUCUACAUUAUCUGUUAUGUCAGAGGUGGCAGAGGCGACUACGGCCAUCUUGGAUUCGCGCGUGACGCAAGCGCUUACACAAUAUCACCAACACAUACAGUACAUUCACAUCUCUGACCGGUACUGCGGGCCCAAGCAGAUGGAAGAGACGCAGGUGACGAAGCCGCCGGAGACGGAGCGCGUGAUGCUAGUGGGGCUGGCGUUAGGCGCGGAAGGGGGCGGCGAAGAGCUGCGGCCGCUGUUGCUUCUCAUCUUCCACCUGCUGGAUAAGCUGAAGCGCCUCAGGAUGAGCAAGGAGGCGCUGGCGAAGUGCGAGAAGCGGCGGCAGAAGGUGGCGGAAGCCUGGCUGCGCGGCGCACACGCAGCGCGACAGGAGCAGGCCGCGCAGCGCCGCGAGGAGAAGCGCAAGCAGGAGAAGGAACGCAUCCUCGCCGAAGACGAUCCCGAGAAACAACGUCGUUGGGAGCUGAAAGAGCAGAAACGUCAGCAGAAACGAAAAGCGCCGAAAAUGAAACAGCUCAAAAUGAAAGCGCUUUAAGCUAAUAUUGUCGAAGAUAUCGGAAGUGGCUACACUAUUACUUUUAAAAUAAAUGUGAGACGGGCGGAUAAUAAACCUGACCUGUGUUGAAAAGGCUGAUAACAAAUUAUAAUUUUGCGCCUAGUUUUUUGGUGCGGGAUUUUAACUUUUUUUUCAGCUGAUAUCGUGAAUUUUAAUGUCUAUUCUACCGUUAUAGGGUCCAAAAUAACUUAUAAUUAAUACAUUGAUAUAUACUACGUUAUUUGUAAAAUGUAACAACCUCGCAGGACUAUAUUACUAACAUCAU